AGGGUCUCGUCAAGGCAAGAACCGCCUCUGCAUGUCACGUCAAUUUGAUUGGCUGAUGAACACCACAUGAAUAACGUCACGCAUUUGGGGUCUGCGCAAACCAAAGCGAGAUCAUGACGAGCUUUCGAUGCAAAAUCUUCUUCUUUACCGCCAUAGCCGGCUUUUCCUGGUGUUUUCGUAACGACGCGAGUCCAGAGGAAAACCCAAACAUACCGGUCAUCGCCAAGUAUUUCGGCACGAAAGGAAGGUACGAGGAAGUGAACCCUUACCUGAUACGGGACAUACUCGCUGUAAACAGGUCUGGUUUGCAGCCUCCGUCCCCGCAAUGUCGCGAAAUCCAUCUGACGGCCAUCAUAAGACACGGGACGCGAUACCCGACGGCCAAGAACGUGAAGAAGAUGCAGAAACUUUACAAGCUGGUCCAGAGCAGCGCUCGCGGGGAAGAGAGCUGGCUGCGUGAAAUCCUGACCCAGUGGACGAUGUGGUACACUGAGGACAUGGACGGCCGACUGGUCCAGAAAGGUGUGGAGGAUCUGAAGCAUCUGGCCGUCAGGCUGUCAAAGCUCUUCCCGGCAAUCAUCUCUGAGGAGAAACUUCGAGGUGGACUCUUCAAGUUCAUAACCAGCUCCAAGCACCGAUGUGUGAACAGCACGCUGUCCUUCAAAGCAGGGCUGACGGAGAUGUGGGCCAUCACAGAUGUGGAGUUUCAGCAUGCAGUGAACGAUGCUCUAAUGAGGUUCUUUGACCAUUGCACCAAGUUUGUGCAGGAAGUUGAUAACAACCCGUCAGCUUUGACAGAGAUGGACAAGUUCACACAGAGACCAGAGAUGGUGAGGGUCCAGGAGAAGAUCGCUGACCGUCUGGAUGUCCCAUAUCAUUUCAUCACAUAUGAUAUGGUGGAGGCUGCCUUCUACCUGUGUGCUUAUGAGUUUGCCAUCAAGACAGCGAACUCCCCGUGGUGCCGCCUCUUCGACGAAGUCGAUGGACAGGUAAUGGAGUAUGCGCUCGAUCUGAAGCAGUUCUGGAAAAGAGGCUAUGGAUACGACAUCAACAGCAAAUCGAGCUGCAUUCUGUUCCACGACGUGUUCAGUCGACUGGAGAAAGCAGUUAAUGACCACAAUUCUGGUCAGCCGGUGGCGGAAGCUGUGACGGUGCAGGUCGGACACGCAGAGACCCUCCUGCCCCUCCUCACCCUCCUGGGCUUCUUCAAGGACAACGAAACUCUGAUGUCCACCAACUACGCCUCACAGAGAGAGCGGUCCUUCCGCACCAGCCGUAUGCUACCGUAUGCUGCUAAUUUGGUCCUGGUUCUGUUCGACUGCGGAGGACAGGACAUCAGACUGCAGCCUCUGGUCAACGAGCAGCCGGUCGUCUUCCCAGGUCUGGCUGACCGGCAGGAGUCCAUGCCGCUCUAUGAGGACGUCAAAAGACAGUAUGCGGAGCUGCUUAACGGGUGUGACUAUGAGACUGUGUGUGAGCUUUUCAAGGCAGCUGAACCUAAAGGAACAAAGGUUUUAUUGGCUUAAAUGUUUUUCUUUGAAUAAUGGAGUCAAAUCAGUGUUGCAGAUGACAGCAUAUUAUUUUUAUUGCUUUUAAAAUGAAAGCCAUUAAUAUCUCACCGUUAGCUGAUAAUUGCACUCUGAACAAAGAUGUGCUGUGCUUGUUGGAUAAUGACUUAAUUGUUGUCUUUGUGCCACAAAGUGUUCCCUGCCUAGGAGAUUACAUUUAGAUCCUUUUACUAUGCAGUAUUACAGCUGAUCAUCUCACUGAAACUUUUCCAAAGUUGGCUUUGCUGUGACUUGGAUGUUGUGUCGUUUAAACCGGUUGAAUUUUUUAGGAUUCAUGUGAUUUAAGAUUAACUAAAGAUGAUUUAUGUCAUUAAAAUAUGUUUCUCGAUGAUUCAGGGUGUAAUCCAUUUAUUGCAUUUAGAGUUGUAAAAAAAAAUGUGUGCAGUUCUGUUUUCGCUUGCACUUAAAUGUUUCAGACCAUCAAACAAAUGUUAAAGUGCAAUAAAGGUACAUAAAGCA